AUGAAAGUCGAGCUGAAGGAAGAAAAGGAACCUUCUUUUCCAAUGAAAGUGGAACUGAAGGAAGAACAUGACCUGUUCCAUUCAGACAGGGAAAAGCCAAAAAAGAAAACCAACAGAAUUCGCGGAAAUUUCAUGUGCCCUCAGUGCAACAGGACGUAUAUUCGGAAAGAUUCUCUACAGCGACAUCUGACGUAUGAAUGUGGCAAAGAACCCAUGUUCCAGUGCCCUUUUUGUCCUCAGAAAUGCAAGAGAAGGGGGCACCAACUGAGGCAUGUACGGAGGCAGCAUAUGGAUAAAAUCGGAAUCUUGGAGGAAAACAAUCCUGAAUUGUUGUUAAAGAAGGAAAUUUCCUGA